CUCCAUAUGCAUCAUUUCCAUUCAUACCUCAUACCUUAACUUCCUAUCAACUAUUAUUCUCUCUAUAUAAAUAUUUCACUUUUCUCAUACUUUCUCAUAUCUUAUUUUUUCCUAUCUCUUUUAUCUCCACAACCAUGUACGAGAAGCAACAACUCAACGGAGCCUACUACGGCCCCUCCAUCCCCCCACCAAGAUCCCACCACCGCCCAUCCCGCGGCGGCGGUUUCGACUGCUGCUGCGGUUGUCUCUUCAACCUCAUCUUCAAACUAAUCCUCACCGUCAUAAUACUCAUCGGAAUCGCCAUCUUCCUCUUCUGGCUCAUAGUUCGUCCCAACGUAGUCAAAGUCCACGUCACCAAAGCUUCCCUCACGCAAUUCAACUACACAAACAACAACAACAACCUCAACUACGAUCUCUCUCUCAACAUGACAAUCCGCAACCCGAACAAAAGACUUGGUAUCUACUACGAUUACAUCGAAGCCAGGGCUUUGUACCAUGAUGCUAGAGUUGACUCUGUUUUUCUUGGUCCUUUUUAUCAAGGACACAAAACAACUAACACGCUGAGCCCUUCGUUUAAGGGUUCGAAAGUGGUGCUUCUUGACGGUGAUCAGAGUUUGGAUUUCAAUAAAGAGAGGGAUUCUAAGGUUUAUGAGAUUGAUGUGAAGAUUUAUCUUAGGAUUAGGUUUAAGCUGGGAGUGCUUAAGACGAGGACGAUUAAGCCAAAGAUUACUUGUGAGUUGCAUGUUCCUUUGAACUCUGGCGGCGGUGCUGCGACGGUGGACGGUGGGUUUCAGACCACCAAGUGUGACUGGGAUCGUUGAUGGGUUUGUUGACCCGAUUCGAUGACUUUGUAUGAUACAGUUAUUUGUUUGUUGUUUAUUGGUUACAUAGUUUUGGUUUUCUUUGACAUAGUCAUACAUAUUCUAGAGGGUUAUUUCGGGGAAUUUAUUACUACAGAAUAUGACAUUUUAUAUUUUUAUUAUUAUGUUUAUUUGCUUGAUAUUCUCCUAUAUUGCAUUAGGUGGAGGGUAUUUUAGGCUUAUUGUUUUAUAUCAUAAAUAAACUUGUUAUUUUGUUACAUAAAUAAAUAUGAUUUUUUUUCUUAUUGGUCAA